AGUUUGGGCGGUUGACGGGAAGGUUGUGUGAUUUUGAGUUUUGAUUUGGAUUUUGUUUCGUAGUCUAAUUUCGUUUAUUUUACUGGUUAUCAAAUAAAAUAGUUACAACUUAUAUUUACUUAGACGCUAGUAGUAAAUACAUAUUUUUGUGAGUGCUGUAAACGUAGUAACUUGACGGCAAAAUGCAAGAAACCGUUACAACCUCGACGGAGCGUAAAUCUUUGUUGUCUUCGUUCCUGGACGUCCUGGAGGCGCAAGGCAAAGCAGCCCAGGCGGAGCGGCAGCUCCAGGAGGAACGCUACAGGCGCCGUACGCAAAGGAUCUACGAAUACCACGACCGACAACGGCGCGAGGUGGUGGAGCUGCGCCGCUGCCUGGACUAUGUGUCGCAGCAUGCCCAUGUCCUGGAAACAGUGCUACGCGGAGCAGGCACCGCUUCCACUGGCAGUGAUGAGGUUCCAUUGAGUGCUCACUUGGUUAAGCAAGCGGCGGGACUCCAGCGCUGCAUGGCGCAAUGUGUCGCCAACGCAGCCACUAUACGCUCUGCCCUGGCUUCUACGCACCAGCCUGUUAUGGAUGCCAUGCUCGCCAAAAUGGAAGCAGAGUUGCGGUCGUGGACAGCGUUCCUGCACCGAGCGGUCGACGCCACAUACAACUCUGAGAUCGUCAUAGACAACCUGCACAAUAUGAUCGCGGAGCAGCGUCGCUACGUGCGCGAUGUAACAUCAAGCAGCGUGUUCACGGCGCUAUGCGCGGAGGCGGACGCAGAAGCGAGUACGACUGAGACCGCGAGCGCGGGUACGGGCGUGGAAGCGGAAGCAGAAGCUGAAGCGGACCGCACACCGCGCUCGCCCCUCGAGCGCCGCCCGCCCUCGUCUUGCAGCACGCCUUUGCACAACUAGCGAGUAACAUGCUUCGUACUAUCAUACUCCACUGUUCCAAAAAAUGAUGCAUUAACUCCCCGGUCACUGCUGCAUCAUCGAAACAUCUGUCAAAAACAAUUGAAUAUUUAUGGCCUGAAAUAAGGCCUCCCAAUGCGGCGCACGCUACGCACGAAUGCGAAGCGUGGACAAACCCAUAAAAACUGUCUAAACGAGUGCGUUGCUAUGGAAGCGUUGAUCUUAAUUUCUGUGCGGUGCGAGUUAUCGAAAAACAUUUCCGCCUGUACUCGUAAGCCGCGUAUAGCUGUGAUGGGAUGUAUCUGCUCAAAGCUACAGUAUUGCUAGCCUUGGCGUCUAAAUUAUAUUUUUAUGAUUUUGUAAUCGCCUGACUGUGCUAUGUAUAGCCGGACGUGGCUCCAGUACAAACCGCACUGCCUUAGCGUGUGUUCAUCGCCGAAUGUUCGUGUUCGUUCGUUGUUCAGAUCUUAUAGAUGUCGUGUUAUAGAAAUAUUGAAUGUUUAGAAGCUUUAUCGUUCGCGCUCGGAGUGGUUGUCGCCAAGCGCGCAGCGACUUUGGGCUCAGUUCCACAGGAACUAACUAAAACUGUUUGUAAAAUUUUGUAUUAAUAACGAUGUUUUCGGUUUCUCUUAUGCGUGAUGCGGAAGUCACGCCACAAAGUUACAACGUAUGUUAUAGGCGCAUGUAGAACUAUACCCUUUACCUAAUACGUAAUGGCAUGUAUAUCCGGCACGAAGGACCAAGUACUAACUAAAGUAGAAAGUGUUCGUUUCGUUAAGGUAGUGAAAAUAGGUUGAUAUAUCGGUAUAGUUGUCUAAGCAACUUCAAAGCACUGCGUGCUUGGCAUCAUGAAUCGAAGAAAUUAAACAAUUUUUAAUCUCUAUGAAAUUGUGAAUUGUAAUGUUAUUUAUACGUAAUUUUAAUGUUAUGCAUGUUCCCUAUGAAAUUUAUGAGUUAUUCUAUUAAAAUGUAUGCAUCAUAUCGUUGUAAUACACUUUUUCGAUACUUUUACAAUAUUGUUGAGCGGGCCGAUCUGUUCACAGUGUUCUUUUUGCCUUUUUUGCACUUUUUUUUGUGUCAAUAGGUAACCUUUCGACCGCCACGGCUGGUCAAACAAAGCAACGAAAUGAAAAAAGUUGACCCGUGGCGUUUAGAAGGUUAUGUUAAAUAUAUAUAUGAGUAGGUAUACAUAUAUAAUAUAAGCAGUAUUAUUUAUAAAGAUAUUUGAUAUAGUUAGACUUAAUCACGUUAUGUACCAUGGACACAUUGUGACCAUUUCUGCUUGACAUAAAUAUCAAGUUUGUAUAGCACUAUGUAUGGGUAUAUAUUUGUUAUGUAAUAGUAUUGUAUACUAAACGAGUGUUGCCAAAUUUUCCUUAGAUCGGGCUGUGCCCGCGUUCUACCUCCGUCUUUUUUCUUGCAUUUACUUUUAUAUUCUUUAAUAAACCCAAUCAAUAAGGAAUGUGGUCUUGGCAAAUCGACCGUACAAGAUAUUUUAACAAAAAAAAAACUACAUAAGAGACAUCAAGUAUAUUCAGAAAUAUCAUCGUCGCGUUGCCUCGGCUUUUUGCCACGGCUCAAGGGUGCCUGGGGGCCGUAUUGCAACGAAUCUAAAUAACAAAUUUAAAAAAAUGCUACCGUACGGUUAGGUCUCGACACUGACUUGUUGAUUACUAACAUGAAAAAUAAUAGUACCAUAUUUUUCUACUCAACUGUUGCAAAGUUUUUGGUAAAUUGGCAUCAGCAACGACAGGGACGUAAUGCGGCAGCCAGUUGAGGAUCCUCGAAAUUGGUCACAUGUCGACAGAUUAUUCGGCAAAAAAUUACGUAACUCAUUUGAUUUUUUUUUACUGCCAAGAGUAACUGCCCAGAUAAUCUCAUUCUCACUCAGACAAUUAAUUGACUCUUAAUUUUUUUCACUGCCGCCGCGUUAGAGUCCCUUUUGCCGUGGACCUUUGUAAGGCACUUGCCACCGCCUGUGAUAAUUCAACGAAGCAUAGCAGACGUUAAUUAUAUUUCUAAAUAUUCCAUGUUUUCCGGGACCUAUCGAUUUUCUUGUUAUAGAGCGACUUGUCAAAAAAGCUCAUUUUUCUAAAUACAAUUAAUUAUAUGUGAUAUAUUAUGUAGAUCAGACAUGAGCUCUUUUGACAAAGCGUUCCGCAGUUACUAGUUUAUAUUAAACUGUGUGUUCAUUGCUCCAAAAGUCUUAUCGUACCACGUUUAUAAAUCAAAGAUGAACUUCUGAACUAUUACAACUGUUAAAAUCGUUCGGGUUUAUAAUAUGAUAUUAAAUUUAUCUAGCAUACGGACUUUUGGAGUUAGGUAUGAGCGGCCGCGGCGCGUGUAUAGGCGUCAGAUUUCUGUUAGUUUAGCUGAAGAAUUGCGAGGUUGUAUCUUGUCUGCAGUGGUCUAGACCAGCUGUUCGACUUUUAAACAGUCAAGGGUACCUAUAAACGGCAGUCCUGUCACUGUAUUUGUUUGUAUUUUAACUUGGUGGUCAUUAGAUCCGUAAAAAUACACACUUUACGGAAGGGAAAUGUAACGACAAUCAGAAGAAGGCUCAAGCUAAGUUUUAUUUGUGCCAAUUAAGAAGUUGGCUGAAUUUCUGUUUAUUUAUACAUACCCUUGACUUUACGUACAUCCAGCCCUAAUAGGAAGUGUUAGAAUGCGUGCCGCGCCCUUGUUGUAAUUUUUACGCAUUUAUUGUUGUAAAACAUUUAAAAUAACUGCCUUUUUAUUAUAUCUUAUUCUAAAUACUGUUGUUAGUGUGUCGAGAGAAUUAGCGUAUGACGUAGCAUGCUGAAUGUAAUGCUGUGUUCACAUCCGCGUUUUGUUUCAAUCUUCGGUGUGAACCCAGCAUAUGGAUGGCUUCUUGUAUUUACUGCCUUAUUCGUGUAAGAUCUGUCUUCGCAAUAUGAAAUAAAAUAUAUUAAGUUAGUUUUGA